CCCCACCUUUCCCUCUUACUCCCUCUCUCUCUCCAAUAUUAAGGUCCAUUCCUCCCUUCUUCAUCUCUUCUCCCUCUCUUUCUCUCUCUCCCGGCCGAGCGGGCGAGACCUCCCUCAACCUCUCGCUCGCUCUCGCCGGAAAAGAAAAUAAAAAGAAAAAAAAUCACAGAAAAGCCCUUGUGGAAUAAUUUAAGAUAAGGGAGGGGCCGAAAUAUAAAAUUGGCAAGUGGGAAGGCGGGAGAAGGGGUGGAGGGAAGGUUGGGAGGUCUUGGUUGGUUGCUUGCUUGUGAUGAAGGGGAAAACGGUAUCGAAGCUUUGGAAGCUCUCGCACGGCACGGAUUCCGAGGCCGUGCCUUCGCCGAAUUCUCUCCUCGCUCUCGCUCUCGCCCUCUCCUUCUCCGCCUUGCCUUAUGCCGUAAUCCAUUCCUCGUGAUCGCUUGCUUUAAAUGCCGCCACUCUCUCACCCUCUCGCUUUCUAUUCCGUCGAUUCGAGGUUUCCAAGAGCUCGAGAGGAGAGACCAGCUAUCUGGUAGCUCUUCUAUAGGCAAACUUCCUGUAUUAGUUACGGAAGGAAGAGGGUCAUCCGAGGAAGGCUUGGGUGGGAAAUUUUGAGGUUGCUUGGUUUCAUAGUUUGGGAGUUCCCAGGAUGCCGUCUGAAGUCAUGGAUCAGAGGAGCCUGUCCUCCAUAUGCUUGCCGUCAGGGCCCCUGUCUUUCUUUUCGGAUGAAUUUCGCCUUCCUGCACAGAGGCAAGUUGGAUUUUGGAAGAAAGAGUCCGUGCCUGAUCAUCGUGUAUCAGAGGGAUUGUGUUUAAUGUCAGGAAGCAAGAUAAAUUCUUCAUUUCUGCUAGAAAAGCUAUGUUCAGUGGGAGGAGACUCCUUGGAAUGCUUAGAACUUACACAUCCUUAUUUCUUCGAAGACGAAAAAACUAAGAUCAGUCUUGAGCAUCAUUUGAUGGGGACUGAGAGGACUGCCAGUCUAUCCAUGUCCUCUUGUAGCACUGCUGACAGGGAUGAGUCCCAAUUGAGUCUAUCUGCUAAACCUGCAUCCCUGUUUAUGGAAGGGAACAAAGUUGAUUUGAAUGGGGUCCAUCUUGAGAAUAGUCUCUUCUCAUCCUCUUUAUUGGAAUUAUGUGAUAAAAAAUCACGAUUAUCAACAGACGAUGUUUGUGUCAGUCAACAUGUGGACAAAAGUAACUCCAACAUUGGAAAAGAUGAGCCUUUUGAAUCUUCGGAAGGAAUCGAAUCUCAAACUAUUGGAAAUCUCCUUCCUGAUGAUGACGACUUGCUAUCUGGAGUUAUUGAUGAUCUUGAGUAUAUUGCUCAACCCAGGAGUGGAGAUGACACGGAAGAUGAUCUAUUCUGUAGUGGAGGAGGGAUGGAACUAGAAGCAGAUGAUAGGUUCAGUUAUAAAAAAGCUUCCAAUUCUGUUGGUGAAGGAGCCUCUGAUGGUCAGCUGUGGGAACCGAGCAGGCUAUUUGCUAAUGAACAACCAUUUGGUGAACAUCCUUCCAGAAUACUAAUUGUAAGGAACUUCAAUAGCAUUGUUGAUGAUACAGAAUUGAGGGUUCUUUUUGAGCAAUUUGGGGAUAUACACAUGCUUUAUACAGGCUGUAAAUAUCUUGGCUUUGUAAUGGUAUCUUACUAUGACAUAAGGGCAGCACAAAAAGCAAAGAGAGCCCUUCAAAACAGGCCAUUCAGACAUUGCAAGCUGGACAUACACUUCACUGUUCCAAAGGACAACCCUUUGGUGAAAGAUACUAACGAAGGUACACUCAUUCUAUUUAAUCUUGAUUCCUCUGUUUCUAAUGAUGAUCUCUGCCAGAUAUUUGGUGUAUAUGGGGACAUCAAGGAGAUUUGUGAAAUGCCUCAGAACCUCCAAAAGAAAUUUAUAGAUUUUUAUGAUGUUCGAGCUGCAGAAGCUGCUUUUCAUGCCUUAAAUGGGAGUAGCAUUGUAGGAAAGAAAAUGAAGCUUGAAUCUAGAAGUACAGGAGCUGCACAGUGGUGCUUAAUGCAACAGCCAUCUUUGGAGUUGGAACAGGAAGAGUCCUGCAGAUCCAAACAGGGAAUCCAUCCUAGUAAUUCACCAUCAAACUCCUAUGGAACAAUUCCACUGGUGGCGACUGCAUCCAUUGGUCUGGAUAAUGGGUCCACCCAGGACCUAAAUUCUUCAGUCAGAGCACCAAUCCAUCCAUCUGCGGGUUCCACAUUUCCUAGAAUUUCUUCUAUUGUGCCCCAUAGUUUAUCCUCUCCAGUCGGGAUUGCCUCGGCAAGCAGUCACAGUAAUCAAUCUGGUCAUGAGCGCAGACAUUCUCUGGGACAGAUGAACAUUGGUUCUCAAAGCAGUCAAUGUACUCAAUCUGGUCAUGAGCGCUGCCAUUCACUAGGACAGAUGAACUUUAGUUCUCAAAUCAUGGCAAACUUUCAUCUUCAUUCACUUCCGGAGCACCAUAAUGGAAAAAUAAGCAGCAUACCUUACAGUUCCUCGAGUGCCACAUCAACCAUGACUCUUAAUAUCAACUCCAGACCUGCUGAUGUCAUUGAUGGCAGGAGCAUCCAAAGAAGUGGCUUAGGUGGCUUCAAUAGCCAUUCUUUUGGACAUAUAGGUGGUGAUCUCGGUAUUUCAGGAGACAGAAGUUUUGCUCUUCAUGGACAUCAAUUUUUAUGGAACGAUUCUAACCAAUACAAUCAUCGCCCCCUUGGCCCAAUAUUCUGGCCAGAUACUCCAUCAUAUUUGAACAAUUUUCCUGCUCUGCCCUCACCACAAAAAAUGAAUGGACUUCCAAGAGCACCACCACGCAUGCUGAAUGCACCUCUACCAUUACACCACCAUGUAGGUUCAGCGCCUGCCAUGAAUCCAUCACUUUGGGACAGACGACAAACAUUCAGAGGAGACUACUUGGAGGCGUGUGCAUUGCACCCUGCCUCUCUUGGAAGCUUGGGGUUGGCUGCUGGCUCUGCCCUGCAUCCACUUGAACUCGCUUCUCAUAACAUAUUCCCACACACUAGUGGUAACUGUAUGGAUCCUUCUAUUUCUUCUGCACAUGUGAUGCCAUCACCUGAGCAAAGGAGCCGCAUGUUCCACCUGAGGAAUACCAUGCUUCGUCUGCCACUUUCAUAUGAUGCUCCUAAUGACCGAAUCAGGAGCCGAAGAAGUGAUGCAGGUUCCAGUCAAACUGAUAAUAAAAAACAAUUUGAACUUGAUAUUGAUCUCAUUAUGCAUGGGGAAGAUUCCCGAACAACGCUUAUGAUCAAAAAUAUUCCCAAUAAAUAUACCUCUAAAAUGCUCUUGGCCACUAUUGAUGAACAUCAUCGAGGAACUUAUGAUUUCAUCUAUUUGCCUAUUGAUUUCAAGAACAAAUGCAAUGUGGGCUAUGCUUUUAUCAAUAUGACUAGUGCCCAGCAUAUCAUUCCAUUCUUUCAGACUUUUAAUGGUAAAAAAUGGGAGAAGUUCAACAGUGAAAAGGUGGCUUCUCUUGCAUAUGCUCGAAUUCAAGGGAGGGCAGCUCUUAUUGCUCAUUUCCAGAAUUCAAGUUUAAUGAAUGAGGACAAGCGAUGCCGUCCUAUCCUUUUCCAUUCAGAUGGUCCAAAUGCAGGGGAGCAGGAGCCUUUUCCUAUGGGUGUCAAUAUCCGAUCCAGGACUGGAAGAUCUAAAACUGUUGGCAGUGGAGAGAACCAUCUGGCAAGUCCAUCAACCUCUUCAAAUGGAGAGGAAUCUUCUGAUGCAUCAGACUCUUCCUCAGCUUGCACCAAGGAAUCGGACUGAACCUGGAGACCAACAUCAGAUCAAAACUUACAACAUGAUCUCAUGUGCUUCACCUUUCUUUUACCCGGUCUUUAUAGAAAUAUGACAUAGUAUGGGUAUUGGACAGCAGAUUCGCUUGGGUGCCCUUUGCAGCAUUACCAAGAGAGUGAGCUGGGUGCUCUCAUUUUUUCUUGGAAACUAUACAUACUAUAAUACGAGGAUGAUGGGGGUAACAGGCAUGAGUAAGAGUUUUGAAAUUUUGGCUGGCUGUAAGAGGAAAGCAUAGAUGUAUAGGAUCUUCCAAACAUGGAUGAUGAAAUUUUUUUAUGCAGUUUUGAGAAGGUCUUCUCUUCCCAUUUUCUUCCCUGUUCACUUAUUGUAAUUUUUUGUUUAGUCUGAGGCCCGCUAUGGGUCCCGUUGUCUUUUUUGGUGCUGUGAAGAGAGACAUGAUUGAGAGAGAGCUCUAUUCAGUGUGUAAUAGGCCUUGUUGUGCCUCUUAUGUGGUAUCUUUGUUGCAUCAAAUUUUGGAGCCUCUCUGUUAUUGUACUUUCUGUUGUUUCUUAAUUUGACAAUAUGGAGUAAAGUUUGAUAAUCUUGAUAGUCA